AUGGUCAUCCCACGAUUUUUGAAGUCAGCAAGCACCACGGCUGCUGCACUACUCCUGUUCGGCAGCGUGCAAGGACAGCCAUCAGCAGCAACAAACAACACGCCAGAGCUCUCGGGCUUCCCAGCAUGUGACGCACUUGUAGCCGCCAAUCUAUCUCACGCUGUUCACUUCCCGUCCUCCCCUCUAUACCGAUCCCUCGUCGAAAGCUCCUAUGCCAUCGACACGCGCAAACAGCCCUGGUGCUUCGUUCUCCCAAGCACCACAACUGAGGUUUCUACGGCUCUCACUGCUCUGCGUUCCGCCGGUGGCGGUGCCGGAGACUGGCACAUAGCAAUUCGCAGCGGCGGGCACGGGGGCGAUAACCAGAACAAUAUCGCCGAGGGCGUGACCAUCGACUUGACGCACCUCAACGCCACCACGUACGAUGCGACGACCAACGUUGCGAGCGUCGGAACCGGAGCGCGUUGGGGUGCAGUCUAUGCCGAGUUGGAAAAGGACGGAGUCACCGUUACGGGCGGGAGAGAGGGAGUCGUUGGUGUUGGUGGGCUCCUUCUCGGCGGCGGUAUCUCGUGGUACACGGCGCGUACAGGUUUCGCUUGCGACAGCGUCGUCAACUACGAGGUGGUUCUGGCAGGCGGCACAAUUAUCAAUGCCAACGCAUCCGUCCACUCCGACCUUUGGCGGGCUCUAAAGGAGACGAGGAUUUACGCCCGGGAACACUCCGACAAGCUUAUUGACGCGAUUGCGGAUUUCGCUGGUCUGAAUCAGUCAAUGGCGGACAAUGCAUUAAUCUCCAUGAUGACCUACGACCCCAAGAUUGAGGACAGCACAAUUAUGGUAGUCGAGGUCAACACUAGAAACAAGGCCAACAGCACAGCAUAUGACGCCUUCAACCGUAUCCCACUCUUACAUCCAGCUACCACGAAAUCGGUGUCUCUUGUGGAGGCUGCCAACAGCACUCAGCUUUCCGGGAAAAAACGGAACGCUGGGGCCGGAGCUCUGACCAUCAUCAACGACCCACGAGUUAUGCGCUACUGCUUCGAACAAUACAACGGUAUUGUCGAGGCUAUGAAAGCCCUCCUCGGACCGAAGAACUUCACCACGAUCCUCGACUUCCAGCCGCUCCCUUCAUACUUCGCAGGCAUCGGUGUGAAAAAGGGAGGGAACGUGCUUGGACUCGAGCGAGACUCCCGCAAUAAGAUCCUUUUCGUAAUGGGAGUGACUCUGCUGGGCUCUAACAGUGAGGAGCUCUAUCCCCGGGUUUACCAACAGGUUGCGGCUAUGAACAAGAGGGUAGAGGACUUUUCAAAGUCGAUCGGCUGUGACAACGAGUUCAGAUAUCUCCCGUACGCUGACUCGAGACAAAACGUCAUUGGGAGCUAUGGCGAAGCCAACGUGGAGCACAUCCGCAAGGUUGCCAAGAAGUAUGACCCCAAUGGUUUCUUCCAGCGCCGGGUGCCUGGUGGCUUCAAGAUUAACAGGGUCUGA